AUGAUCAAUGAUAACGACAUUGACAGCUGGAAAACGGGAUUCGAUUCUAAUGAAUUUGUUCGAAAGAGAUUUGGUCUCGUCGAUCAUGUCGAUUCCGGCGAAGAUAUAACUUUGAUGCGAGUGAAAAACUCGAGUUCCAGUUCCGAGAUCCGUUAUAUCAAUCCUGCCAUUUAUACAGAAUCCAUCAACGAAGAAGGAUCUAAGAGCGAUCGUGAACAAGAAGGAUAUUGUAACGGAGACUCAAUUGACACAAAUCGUUAUGAUGCUUCGACAAUCGACCUAUUAUCUGUCGUCGCAAAGGAUACAACGAGCACUGAUCACAUAAAUGAACAUCUGGGACAGAAUACCUACAGGUGUUAUUCAACAUCCUUUCUAGAUACUACGUUGCCUCUUGAAUUGUCCACUACUCAAUCCACAAUCUCGUCUGGAAGAAAUACACGAAUGGAGCGACGAUGCAAGAUUGAUAGCAUCUGUGUUGAUCAAAAUAAAGUGAACAUUGAUCAGAAUGAGACGACAAAACAUGACAAAUAUGAUGUCCUAGACGGUCGCCAGAUCGCACGAAUUUCCACGACGUCGGUUGACUCAAGUGUCAGCAAUCAUCAUCAGAUGUCAGACAUUGACAGAAGAAGCGCCCAUUCAGAAUGGAUGCGCAAGAAACAUGAGGCCGCACAGCGGACGAGAGAGAAAAAGGAACUCGCUUUGAAGAAGCGACAGGAGGAAGAAGAGAGGGAAGCGCAAAAAAAGGAAGAAAAGGCGCGUCUAGAAAGGGAAAAUUUUCUCAAGUGGAUCGAAAAGAAAAGGCAGCAGGAACUGGACAGAAGAGCGAUGCUCGAGAAUGAGUUAGAAUUGCAGAAGCAUUUGAAGGAGAUUGAAGAUAAUCUUGCCGGUGCAAAGAUCACUUAUCUUCGUCGGUGGUUUCAUAAGAAGAAGGAGGAAGAAAAGGCCCAGCGUAAACAGCAGGAGACAAGACAGAAAAAGAUGGAUGAGGAGCGCGAGAAAAGGUUAGAGCAAAGCACAAGGGCAUACGAGAAGUGGCGAGAAAACUCUAAGAACAAACCUAAGCCUGCCACCCAAGGAUUACUUCCUCAUCAGAAAGCAAAGCCAGCAUACAUAAAUCCAAUUCCUUGGCAAUCGAUCGUGGAGAUUGAUUCUGAUGAAAUACAAGAGGACACACUUCACGAGAAAAAAAGGAAUAUAAAUCAGUUGAAAAUAAGCGAUAGAAAAACAAUCACGGCGCAUCAAUGA